AUGAUGAGGCGUGUACCUGAUGCAACUGGCAACAUCGUCUCUGAUUCCUCUGAAGAUGAGGACACUCCCACACUUAGGGUGAUCCAAAUAGAUACAAUACCAUACCGCCUCUUGCAUGGGGAGUCCUUGUAUGUCCAAAUCCAAGAUCUGAGAACCAAUGCCAUCAACAACAUUCCAGUGUCAUGGGCCAAGAACAGGCACAAAAUUCUGUUGGCCAACUAUGUCACCAAGAACUACAGAUAUGAGGAAGCCCCAAAUAAGUCCAUACGCAGCCUCAUUAUCUGGGCAUUAGAUGUCACCAAUCCAAGGAGAGCAAAUAUGAUGCAUCAGACAGAUACAGAUGCUAUUAGCACUCAAGAGGAGUAUGUCCACAAGAUCAAGGCCAUUUACCCCGUCUGCUGUGAUCUCAGUGACCCUACCAAGAGUGAUUUACAAGUGGUCAUCCAACAUCUUACUACCAAGGAUGAUGAGUGGAUGUCUGUAAAGGCAGCAAAGCUGGUUUAUACACACAUACUGGCCAAGUAUGUUACAGACAACUAUUUGUACCAUGAAGCAAGUACUCCCCUUAUGAAAGAUCUCAUCCUAUGGGCUAUUGGGCAGACCAAACAAGAUCAUAUUACCAGCAGUGUUCGCAACAACAAUAUGACAACCACCAAGUACUAUGACCCAUGGACUGCAGCUAAGCUAUUUGCUAAGCUCUCAAAGACAAAGGAUGAUAUAUACUCUGAUAUGUAUACUGACAGUGGAGCUGAUACUUGCAGCAUUGGUGGAAAGGCCUGGAUCAUUGAUACACCAUCUGGCAGAACUGUCAAUGUUGCUGGAUGGGACGAAGGUACAGGAGCAAUUCGGGAAGGAGUGAUGAUCAGUGGUGGAGUAACUGCAACAGAUUUACCAUCAGGAGAAACUAUCUUACUCCGAGUGAAUGAAGCUACUGUUUUGGACAAUGCUAACUCUCUUCUGUCCAACAUCCAAGCUAGGAGCUAUGAAACCUUCAUUGAUGAUAAACCAAGAAAACAUGGUGGCACUUCCUAUGUUGGGAAACAAGAAUAUGUGAUACCCCUGGAAUUAAGGGGAGGUUUGAUGGCAAUGAAGAUUAGGCGUCCAACCCAAACUGAGUUACAAACAUGCAAUACAGUUGAACUGACAGAUAGCAAACCCUGGCAUCCAGAACUGCAAAAUGAUGACCCAGUCACUGAACAAGACUAUGACAAUAUGUUGGACCAUUUUGAUGAGAAUCAAGCUCAGCUCCAGAACAACCUGAAGCAAACUACCCCAGCCAAACCGACCACUGAUAUAAUCAAGAAAUAUUUCCUCCAUCCAGAUGACAAGGCAGCUGUGGAAACAGCCAACCAUACAACAUGCUAUGGGGAGAUCAACCAUCGAGUUCCUAUGAGAGACCAUCAGAAAAGCAGGAACCCAAUACUCCAAAGGCGCCGUUUUGAUGAAACAUAUGCCACUGACACAUGGUUCUCCACUGCCACCUCAUACGAAGGAUACAACUGUGCCCAAUAUUUCCAUGGGACCAAAUCACUGAUGUCCCACACAUAUGGAUUAAAGAAAGAAACAGAUGGACCUGAUGCAUUGUUAGAGUUAUUCAGAGAUGAAGGUGUACCACCAUCAUUGCUAAGAGACAACUCUAAAAUGCAAACAUCUGAACUAUGGAAUGACUAUUUAAGAAGGUAUUGGGUUAAGGACUUGUUCACUGAGCCACAUCACCCACACCAAAAUCCAGCUGAAAGGGACAUUGGUGAUAUGAAAGAAAAACUUGAGAAGCUGUUCAUUUCUACUGGAUGUGAACCUGAAUCCUGGUUUAGGGCUGCCUGUCAUGUUGCAGAUUUGAGAAACCACACAGCCCGAGAGAAACUGGGAUACAGGACCCCCAAGGAAUUCAGAGAUGGAAAUACUCCAGACAUAUCUGGCUUACUCAGAUUUCAAUUCUGGGAACUUGUAUAUUACAAGGAUCCAGACCAUGGUUUCCCCAGCAAAGGAGGAAAUGAAAAAUUGGGUCGCUGGAUGGGACGAGCACUCAAUUAUGGUGACACUAUGUGCUAUUUGAUCCUCACCCAGGAUACUAAGCAACUAAUUGUCAGGAGUAUGGUCAGAUCUACCAAUGACAUCCGGCCUAAUGUUGCCUUUCAAGAUUUACUUGAGGCUGAAAAGAAAGCUGAUCAAGAAAGAAGAGAUGAUCCUAUAUUUCCAUUGUCAUUUAUGAGGCAGGGGAGGAAGAAAUCAAUGAUAAUGGCAACCUGA